CGGAUGAAUGUGGUAACAUUCAAUAUGAACAAUAAUCUAAUGGACUUUGACCACUUGUGGAGAGUGAAGGUGGCGUUCGGUUGCUGUCCCCUUCCAACAUGUUGAUAGCAAAGUAGAAGUAAAUAUUGACAGACCGAGAUGUCGAACAUGCUGAGAGGACAACUUGCUUUCGUCUCAGGGGCUGGCGGCGGUAUAGGAAGGGCUGUCUGUCGAGCUUUAGCAAAAGAGGGUGCGGAUCUAGUAGCUGCUGACGCAAAUAUCACGACAGCUAAAGAAACAAUUUCCGAACUAUCGAGUUCUGAUCAUUUGCCCAUUCAAAUCGAUGUAUCGAGUGCUUCCAGUGUAGACGAUGCACUGAAAAAAGCAAUCGGUCACUUCUCCCGGGUGCCAACGAUUGUUGUGAAUGCUGCUGGGAUAACUAGAGACAAUUUUCUGCUUAAACUUCCUGUGGAAGAUUUUGACAAAGUCAUAGAUGUGAAUUUGAGAGGAACAUUCCUCGUGACCAAAGCCUGUGUUAAUUCCAUGAUCGAGGCGAAUGUCUCUCAUGGGGGUUCGGUAGUCAAUCUAGCUUCGAUUAUUGGAAAGACUGGGAAUAUUGGACAGUGUAACUAUAGUGCAUCCAAAGCUGGGGUCGAAGCUUUCACGAGGAGUGCUUCCAUGGAAUUCGGAAAGUUCGGUGUGAGGGUCAACGCGGUGCUUCCAGGUGUCAUUGAGACUGCGAUGAUCGAAACCAUCCCCAGCGAAGUGAGGGAAAUGUUCAAGAAGAGAAUAGCACUUGGAAGAAUAGGAAAACCAGAGGAAGUCGCUGACUUGGUGCUGUUCCUAGCCUCCAAGAAGAGUUCCUACAUCAAUGGAGCUUCCAUCGAGAUAACAGGAGGGAUGCGGUAGUCUUUAGCCACUAGUCAAAGAUAAAUCAAUUUUAUUUUAUGUCAAUUAUUAAACUGAAUGGGAUCAGACUGUAAAAUAUUACAGAAAAAUUUCUACUGCAAAA